AGCGAAUAGAACGACGAGGUUGAUAAGAAGAUAAGAUGGCUGCUAAUCUUUCCUAUGAUCCUGUAACGAAGCACGUCAGUGCCUUAGACACAAGUGAGGGAUACAUUGAAGAAGUCGAUGCGUUGAACAGAUUGACUAAAGACCUCGUCAGUUCUGGAUUAGAGGUUCCAGAGAACGGGGAACCUUCUAAACAGCAGACCGCCAUGAUUCAGAAGCUGGUCAACUCAGCCAUGGAUGCUAUGAAGAGACGUGCGUACGCUGAAGCCAUUAAGAACAUCACGGUGGCCAUUGACGCUGCUUCUAGAAGAAAGAGAUGGGAGGCCUUCCAAGUACAAUUGCAAGAGUUGAUUGGAUUUCUACAGCUCAGAACCGAUGCCUAUAUGCUGAGUGCCAAAUACGCAGAUGCACUAGUAGAUGCUGAUCUGUUACUGCUGAUGACGGCGCUAACGGCUGAGAACUUUUUGAGAAAGGGUAUAGCGCUAUUAAACUUGGGCAGAUACGACGAGGCGAGGGUGGUGUUCGAAAGAGGGCUCUGCUUCCACGAGGGCAAUGACAAAUUGGUGCAACAUUUAGCAGUGUCCAAGAAGCUGAUUGCCGAGGAGAACGGCGACGCUGUCUAAUAGCAAGGUCCUCACAUAGAUUCAUAUGUAUAAUUACACCUUUCGCUACACGCCCGUAUUGCUAUGCGGUACGUACGCUUUUUCUCUACUCAUCUUUUGUAUACACGUCUCAAUGCCAAUCCCAAUACGGAAGGUUGAGCCCAGAACGCUACAAAAUAGCAUGGGGAAUUUCAUAGCGAUUGAGCUGGAACCACGGAGACCAUCAGCAAGAAUUUGACUCUGCUUCUCUGCUUUUAAGGACUAUUUCUUGUAAAAGACAAAAGCU